AUGUCUCGCGAACCGUCAGAAACUCGCCCUCUACUGGAAGACAGACCUGCAACCCUCGACUCGUAUAGUGCUCUAGUCGAUGGCUCGGACCACUCGCCAACUCCCAUAGAAUAUUCUCCACCGAACAAGGUGUCCAAGGUCGACCUCGCGUGGAUUCUCGCUGGUCUCUGGAGUGCAGUUUUCUUGGGCGCGUUAGAUGGUACGAUCGUUGCAACAUUACUGGCACCCAUUGGAAGUUACUUCAACGAGUCCAACCGUUCUUCGUAUAUCGGGACCUCUUACUUGCUGUCGGUAUGUUGCUUCACACCACUGUAUGGGAGGCUGUCGGAUAUUCUCGGUCGCCGGGGAGCGAUGCUGUUAGCCCUGACAUUAUUUGGAUCUGGUACCUUCCUCUGUGGGUUAGCUCCUUCGAUGGACGCCCUUAUCGCUGCCCGUGCGAUAGCAGGUAUGGGAGGAGGAGGAGUAAUGACAGUGUCCAGUGUUGCUGUCACGGAUUUGAUUCCUCUCCGGCAGCGCGGCCUGUAUCAGGGAAUGACCAACAUUCUGUUCGGAUUGGGUGCAGGUUUGGGGGGACCUCUGGGAGGGUGGCUGAAUGACACCUUCGGAUGGAGAUCCGCGUUCCUUUUGCAGAUGCCUAUUCUGAUUUUCUCCUUCCUGCUCGUCACCGCGAAGGUCCGCAUCAAGUUGCCCGACGAAGUCCAGAAUCAGAGUGUACGCGCCAAAUUGCGACGGAUUGACGUUUUCGGUUCUUUGACCCUCGUCGGAACCGUCGGCUGUCUGCUGCUUGGCCUCAGCUUGAAGUCUACGGAGGAGCUUCCAUGGUCGCACCCGCUAAUCUGGGGUCUGCUGGCUGCGAGCGUCGUAUGGUGUGCGCUGUUCAUCCUUGUGGAGACCCGUUUCUCGCCCUAUCCUGUCAUGCCCAUGAGGCUUGUUAAGGAGCGAACACCCCUUGCUGUAUCUUUAUCGUGUUUCUUCGGCAGUGUUGCCGCGUUCUCUAUGUUGUAUAAUGUACCAUUGUAUUUCUCUGCCGUUAGAUUAAAUUCAUCGACAGAUGCAGGAUUGCACUUACUACCCCACUCAGUCGCGAUAUCUACGGGGAGCGUAUUUGCCGGCUGGGUCAUGCGCAAGACAGGAAAACUUUAUAUGCUCACACUCUUCUCCUCCGCUAUGACGCUGGUAUCAUGCGGUCUUAUUGUCUUCUGGAGCGAUAUCACGCCUGCGUUUCACUUGUGGUUUGACAUUGUUCCGCAAGGUUUUGGCAUGGCUAGCGUUAUCACUACUACUUUGAUUGCUAUGAUCGCUAGCGUAUCCCGGGAAGAUGUGGCCGUAGCUACUGGCAUCACAUACCUGUUCCGGACGACCGGUCAAGUGCUGGGAGUCAGCUUGAGCGGUGCACUGUUGCAAUCUAUACUGACGAAGAAGCUCCGGGAACGUAUACACGGGCCGGAUGCUAUGGAGAUCAUAGAACAGAUCCGCCACUCGACGAGUAUCAUUCCCGACCUCAGUCCGCAUUUACGGAAGGCGGCCGUGGAUUCUUACGCCGAUGCCUUACGCAUCGUGUUCAUUUGCCAACUCGCUGCCAACUUCUUGUGCUUCCUCUGCUGUAUACCGAUACAGGAUAAUCCUCUCCCGGGAAGUCACGAAGAGCAGGAAGCAGUAUAUCGUAACCGCAAGAACACUGUGAGCUCAUCAACGUCGGAAAGUUAG